GGCUACGUUUGUCCCCUAUUUGAUUGCGCUCUACUGCUUGAGUUUAGUCCAUGCUCAGUCACAGAUGUUCAUAUCGACAGGCAUCACUGGUUCGCGGUAGAGGACGACCUUAAACUGCCCAGAAAUGCUGCUGAAUGCCCUGUUGACGGAAAUAAUAAUGUAUCUCCUUCACGCAGUAAAUACAACGCUCAGCCUCUUGGAGGUUGUUGGUGUAAAUGUAGCAGGCCCACAGGGGAAAGGUACACUUUCUUUGAACCAACCAAUUCUUGCAUGAAGGUCAGGUUGGCUCGUCAGAGAUCAGGUAACUUAGUUUCAUUUGGUUCGCCUACGUACUUUACGUUUUAAUUACUAUCCACUCUUCAAAGCUAAUUGCAAAGUUUGUAAUAUAGCUCUUUUUCUGUUUUCCACUUGAGGGUAAACAUCAAAAAUAACGUCGAAAAAGACACAACUUUGUUGUUGAUUUUUUCUCUCAAAAAGUCCGGGCGACCAAGCAAUUUCCUUCCAAAUAAAACCUUGAGUUGCCUUUGGGUCGCCAUACCUGUUGAUUGGGUUAUUUUAUAUUGGUGUGCCUGUGGUGCGGACGGAUGGGUGGACGGACGUACGGUCAUGUGACUACCAAAACGUCUCGGAUGCAUAGGUUAUCAAAUUUUCUUACCCGUGGUGCUCCGCUGCGCGCGAGAAAGGAGAGCUCCGCCACAAAGGCAAGGGAGCAUAUUUCCCUUUAUAACCAAAUUCAUUCGUUGUAUCGCGCUGCUCGUUUCUGUACCGUCAAUCAUUUGAGUGGAGGCGGGGUUUAUGCAAAUCACAAUGCAACGCACUCGCCCAGCUUGGCCCGCAAAAGAAAACUGAGAAUAGCGAAGGAAAUUGCGAUGAUGAAUGGAAUUUUUGUCGAGAGCAGGAGCAGACAUGCUUUAUUCUUGCAAGAGUCAAGAACAAGAAAGAUCAGAAAAAUCUUCGAAGAAAACUAUUCGAUUAUUUCCCGAAACAGAGCGAUCACAAGCAACGAACCUUGAAACACAGAAACAAAGAGAGUCGAUAGAAAUGCACGAUUCACAGUAAAAUGCUUCUUAAAAACGCGCAGCCCGUUUGAACGAAAUUGGCUAUAAGAUAACUUGCUAGCUGCAUUGUAGAAAAUGAUUUGUGGGAAUGUCAAUGAUUUGUCCCUUUACAUUUAAGAUGCUAUUGGUCAAAAUUUGUCCCUUUACAUUUAAGAUGCUAUUGGUCUGCCAAGCAUGCAGCAAGGUCAAGUGAAAUUUAAAGAAUAUAGAUCAAAUUUAGGUUUAAUUAUUCUAUCAAACGCAUGACAAACUUGGCACCGAGUAGUGUUAUUGAACUUGUCUAGAUGCUUCUUUACCAUUUGGUCUGCCAAUUUGCUUAAAUUACACCAUAGCAUUCAUUAGAAAAUCCAUUGAUUGUUGUCGCCUAUAUAAAUUGUAUCAAACGAAAAAGUAUAUUAAAAUCCUUCUUUGAUUGCAUAUUUGAAAGAAAAAAAAGUAUUAUAACGAGAUCUCAAAGAACGACAAUUUUUUUGCCUCCUAUUUCCCGAUUACACCCUUAUCACUAUCCAAGGACUUUGUUGUUAUACAGGUGUACACCAAGGAAAACAGCUAACCAAAACUCGUUUCUCUCUGAUCUAAAACACCCCGGGUCAGCUGUCAUAAAAAAAAUGAUCUCUUUCAAACUAGUUUUUCAAUUUUUAACCGUUUGAGCUGAGACUUUGCACGAUAAUGGAAUUUUGUAUUCCCAACAAUCGUAAUUUUUUUGAUUUUUGAUUUUAGCGGUUUUUCAGUGGGGCGAAAAUGACGUCAUAAGAUUGACAGCAAAAAAUAAUUUUCGACUUAUGGCGUAGCCUGCGUGGCAGGCGUUUGAAAGGGAAGGGAAAGGGAGUUUUAGGUGCGAGAAAAGCGAGGGGCGCGCGAGGAGGGAGGGAGGGAAACGCCUGCCAGGAGACCAUUGUUUUUCUCGUUUUUAACAUCCACCAGGCAAAUGUUAAAAUCCUGAUUGGUCCGUCUUCAAAACAUGUCAAUCACAGUCUUAAUACCUUAAUCCGAUUGGCUGAAAUCAACAUCACGCUAUUGAGAAAUCUUUCAGUAAUCAUUUAAAAAUAUGUUGUUAGUGAGGCGUGAUGAGAUUUCUGUAUGGAAUUCAUCGUUUUAGAACGAUUAGAAACUGAAGCCAUCUAUUUCAGUUUGAAAGGAGAAUAGAAGAAAGCAGUUAAAAGACUCGUAUGAAGGAAAAGACCUGUCAGCUAGAUGAGUUGUGCUGACUGGUUUUGCGAAGUCUUGUCUGGCCCAACGGCUUGGUUUACUCACUAGAAGAAAGAAAGGAAAAAUCAUGCUGCCUGUGUGCUUGUUAUCUGCUGUUUGACCUCAAACGCCUACCACGCAAGCUACCCUUUAUCAACGACCAGAUUGUUGAAGACGAAGCGAUCUAUAAUCCUUAGCGAUUUUUGGUUUUACGACUUCUUGCUGGUUAUAGACGUUAUAAAGCCGCCAGGAACUUACUUUAAUAAUAAUAUUGAUUGCAGAAUUAGCCUUAUUGGAGAUCUUUGAAGUUCAGCUCUUCCUUUCCCUGCUACCAGCGUUCUUUUGUAUGCUCCGCUGGAUCCAGUUCGAGAGUCGGGAAAGUGUUUGUAAUUAAUUUCUUCGACCAACAUUACGUGCAAGUUGGGAAGUCCAACCCCGAGUCCAACACGAUACCUUCAGCAAAAAAGUAAUAGAUUUAUGCUGGAUUUUAUAUAACAAGCCACGUAUGGUUGCGACUUUCUUCCUUCAACGGACGACCGCAUUUAUACUUUUUUUUCAUAGUACCUUCACUUCAGAUUUCUUGUUUUGGGACUGAACAAAGGAAAAACCAUGAAAACAGUACGUGAAAUGCGACUUAAAUAGGCGCAUCGCGGCCAGACUUAUUUGACAGCUAGUCAUUCACAGUUGCGUUAUUUUUGCGUACAUAAUUAGUAGGCGGGAUGGCGAAAACAAUGGUUUCCUGCCAGGCGUUUCCCUCCCCCCCCCCUCCUCGCGCCCAAAACCCCCUUUCCCUUCCCUUUUAAACGCCUUCCACGCAGGCUACUUAUGGCGUUAAACUUAAAAAAACUAGAACUUUUAAAAGAACUUACAGAGAUGAGCUCAAAUGUAAAAAAAUAAUUUGUAAAGCUUAGUUGGUUGAAAAGUGAUUGAGCAGCGAAUUUCGUAUUUUCCGCCAUUUUGUUACUAUUUUUAGAAAUUUGGUGAUCUUUAGAAUGUCAUAUCUUCUUAACCAAAUGAGGUUUUCAAAAACGUUUUUCACAUUUAAGUUCUUCUCUGAGCACUCUUUCAAAAUUGGUAACCUGUUAUGGCAUAAGUUGAAAUUUAUAGUUUAUUGUCGCUCUUAGCGCCAAAAACCGUUCAAAUCCAAAAUCCAAAAACACGCGAUUUUUGGGACUACAAAGUUCUAUUAUCGUGCAAAGUCUCAGCUCAAAGGGUUAAAAAUUGAAAAACUAGUUUGAAAGAGAUCACUUUUUGAUGACAGCUGACCCGCCGUGAAAUCUUUCAAUAUUUGACACUUUUAAAAAUAGACAUUCUUCAAAAACUAUGCCUGUUAAUUACCUUGAUUACUUUGAAAAUUAUAAAUACAUUUUUUUAAUUUCAUUUUUAAAAACCUUGAUAAAGAAGGAAGUUGCGUCGGCAAGGUUUAGUACUCUUAUCGGUUUAAGGUUCGCGUUUUCCAGUUGAAUUAAUUUAAUUAUUUUAUACGGUUUUAAUACACUAAUUACGAUAUUGAGUUGUUAUUUAAUGCCAUACAAAAGCUACUCCUUGUAAGCCCCCUAUCUACGAGCUUUUUAGCUUUUAAUAGCAAUUGUGGGUCCACAAUCUUCCUUCCUCGUGUAUUAUGUACUAAAUGCACCGGUUUAAAACAAAACAACACAAGACAAAAGUAUACCCUUAAUACGUGCAGGCUCUUCGACAACCUAAUGAUAUAAGUGCCUUCCUAUAAUAACGAGGGCUAAAAUUUAACUUGCAUUGUCCACAGAAUUUUGAUUUUAUCUCAGUCUAUAAAUAAGUAUGGCGUUAUCGUGUUAUUUCAUUAUGAUUUUUCAUCAUCAUUUUUUUUCUAUCAAAUCACUCUUUCAAUUUGUAAUUGAGCAAGUUAAUUAUUUAAAAUUUCUUACUGAUUGGAUUUAUUAUGUUCAUGUAUUAUACACACGUGUACCAACUCUUAACGAAUAUUUUGAUGAUAGGUAAUCAGUGUCCAGUACUCAGUCAUCAAUUUAAUAUCAGGGUAAAUUCUUAUUUUACACUUUUAUUUAUAAAUCAGCAAGCACCAAAAUAGAGUCUUUGGUUGUUUACCGUUCGCCAAAAUAUCAAGUUUGCUUGGAAUGUUUAAGGACGGUCCAAUUUCGUCUCAGUUCGAGAGGAAAAUUUCCUCAAAAUACCAUUUCCUGAAAAGUGGCCUAUGAGCUAAAUUUGGCACACUCACAAAUAGACGUUUCAUUUUUAAUUUCACUUACUCAAGUUAAGCAAUCUGCGAAUAAUGAAAGCAUAGUUUUGCGUAGGAAGACAGUGGAGUUGGAAGACUCCUUCUUCCUCAAUCUAAUGGAUGGUAAGCAAUCUCGCGAAAAAGCUAAUGAAGAGCGCUGACUCACUGAAAACAACCGCAAUUACUUAAAGGUAGCUGAAACAAUGAAGUGAAUGCUUACACAUGGCGAUCAUCAAUACUUGGCUUUCUCUAUUGCACUUUUUGUUUGGCUUGGGUAAAGGCAAUAGGAUAUAGACUUCCAGCACUGAAUUAUUUCGUUUCCCAUCGAUCUACAUUUGGCGUAUUAACCCAGUCUUCGGAUGUGCAAGGAAAUUGGCUCUGGGGAAAGGCGUGAUGAGCCUCACAGAAUGCUAAUUGGCCUUGGCAGUCUGCGGACUAUGGAGCAUGUUAGUAAUGGCGGCUCUCUUACACACUAUCUUGAAUAUUGAUUAUCGGGGGAAGUUGAUAUUUGUAUAAAAACGACACACACAUUUUUUAACGUCUAAUUACCUUUUUCGUACAUUUGGGGCGGGAAAGGGGGCUUGAGAAUUCUUAUUGCCCAAAAGUCAGCUGGUAAUCAUAGCAAACGCGGUUAAUUUAAUAUGCAGCAAGCCUUUCUUCCUCUUUACCAACACCUACCCCCUCCCCUCCGAGUCGCUUUGCGCCAAGAAUUUGAGUGUUCUUGAAAAGCUUUUCAAAAUCAUAUGUCUGGGUCUACUUGCUAUUAUUGCUGGUUCGCAGGUGAAGUCACAGAGGCCUUGUUGGAGGUCAAGAACAAAGCAUUUCUCCCCUCUGGGAACUAAACUCUAUUUUUAUGUAAAUUCUUCGAAAAGAAUUUCAUUGUAUUGACCACCAACAUGGCCGCCUAGUCACGUGUUUGCAAACCAAGAAUUGGUUGGUGGGGUGUUCUUGUUGAAAUACGUGCUGUAGUAAAUCUUGUUGUCAUAAAUCUCUUAAUGAGAAAGAUGAAAACUGUACACACGGUGAUAAUUGUGUCAGAAAGGUCUUAUUCUGAACUUUUAUUCGUAAUAAAAUAAGCAAUACGAUGGAAUCACGAAUUGUUUACCGUUCGCCAAUAGUCCUUUCAGCUUAAAAUGUGAGUAGAAGAGCCAAUCUGGUCUUUGUAAACAGGAAGUUGUAGUACUCGAUGAUAGUAGCAGUAAGCACUGCCAACGAUCGCAGUUUUAUUUAUAAUUAUACUCUCUCUUUUCCAUUGCGGAAGUUUAUUCCAGUAUAAGGGCUCACAGGAUUGGUUGGGAAAACAAUAAUAAAUGAAUAAAUAAGUCAACUAUGACCUUGGGUUAGCCCUAAACUACUGGCCGUGGUUGCUACAUUAUAGGUCCAAUAAAAUUAAAGGUUUUUUUUUUUUUUUUAAGAGCCGCAAUGACUGUCUAGUCACUUUACCAGGUAUAAAGGUCUUUGCUAUUAUUUUAUUUCAUGCAUUCCUUGGACUAUCUCAUACAUUUUUUUUCGCCACAGAAUGUAGUUUGCUUUUCACUGGUGAGACAGCGGACAGUGCCUUAACUUUUAUUCCCUUAACCGGUGUUACUCAAAAGACCAUCAACGUACCCGUUGACAACUCAUGUACCUUUUACUUUGGGGAGAAACUCUAUGCACAUUACAUUGGUUGCGACGGAGCCUGGAGGGAGAUCCCACCAAAAAGCGUAAAUGAGGGUUUAGAGGUCACUCCUGGUUGGAACAAAAACCAACUUCAAUUCAAGGUAUAAGGUUGGGUUUAAUGAUAAUGCAUUGUUACAUCUUACUGUAGAUACGUCACACCAACGCGAUAUUGGUGUAGUAAAGUAAUAAAUUAAUGGCCUUGUUCUUGUUCCAGACCAAUAUUCUGGGAUUUGAACCGUUUUUUUUAUGUAAAAACUUUCCUUUGUUCCAAUAAAUUGGCAUAGCUGCUGCUGUCCACAUGUUACCAACUUCUUAUCACCACCUUUCUCUCCCGGUGCAAACAAUAGACCAGUCAUUUCUUCAGUCCAAAAUAUUGUUCAAGAAUACGAUAACCCUGUUACUACGACUGAAGAGAAGUUACAUUUUUUAUAUCCAACGGUUUGAUUGCUCAGUUUAGAAAGGCUAGAACACCCUACCCCUCGGACGUACAAGCAAAGUCAUACCCCCACCGUGGGUUGAUGGACCCCUCCCCUUGAGUUUUGAUAUGUGGCAGUAUUUCGAAACGAUUUUGCCUUCAGUGGAAGCCUUUGAUCUUCUCUACAAUAUGAGGUAUAUUUUAUGGGUGGUGGCGCUGCUGGAGGUCUAUGACGUCACCAAACAUGGUCGCCAUCUUGGCCGAUCUUGGAUUUUAUCAAGAAUUAGAAAUCAGGUAAAAACAGUGAGAAUUAGUAUUUUUUGCGCUUAACUUGUGAAAUAACACAUAAAUAAAUUCAUUUUAUCCACAAGUUUUACUCCUAUUGUUGAAAAAAGUUGAAAAAACAUGCAUUUUCACUCAAAAUGGCUUGACCACCUUCUACUUAUGACGUCAUAUCUCGUAACCAUAGUAACUGACCAUCACUAAACGUGUCUCCGUAGCGCUGGAGGGAUAAACGAACAGCUACAGAAAAGUUCAGGUGCUGAUGUUUCAUCGUCUAGAACAAAAAUCACCCCCCCUCUCCCACCUUGUACGACCGAGGGUAAUAAUAGUUCUAUAAUUAUUAAAAUGGGACAUCCACAGAAAACAUCCCACUAACAUUUUUUCUGUACUGUGAUAGUAAAUAUUGUACUGUGAUAGUAAAUAUUGUUUUACCUUACAAGACGAGAGAUACCGCUUCAUCUUUUCUUCGCAAGAACCCGGGUCGGAUCUUUAGAGUCGCAGUGCAAUGUCGCCAUCAACGUGAAAAGGCUUUCGCCAACAGCACCUGUGUCAUGGUCAAGGUUGAAGGCAGAAUACAAUGUAAGAUCUUUAAUAAAUAUUCGUGAACACACAUGUUCUAAAUAUAAAAGCAAAUAAUCGCUUUUGAAAAUAUUAUAGUAACCUGAAUGGAAAGAAAACCCUUUAAAGGGCAACAAAAUGCAAAGUCUCGAAAAUGUCGGGUUGUUCAAAAAAUAAACUCACCUGCAAAUUAAUUUGAUUUGAAUCUACUCUCAAAUUAUGCCAAUUAAUGUAUAAAAGUCUUUUAAAAUGCUGGCAAGAUUUGUCGGGGACUGUAUUUAUUUAAUAUCCUGUCCUUGAUGCUAUUUUAAGACAGCCGUGAUAUUUGAUAUUCAUUUUCACUACCCAUGGACCAGAGGGCUUUGAGAUCAAUUUAGGUUUCUGUGAAACUGUUCACCUACCCCUCCCCUAAGCCGACAUUUUGCCCUAAGUGAGAAGUAAGUGUUAAUGUUAGCUUAUGGGACGGGUAGCUGGGCAGUUUCCCAGAAACCUAGGUUGAUCCAAUCUUUGCAACAAUAAUCACAGUGUUUAACUGAAUCGCUAGCUUUUCUUCUACCCAGGCAAACAACUUGAAAGUUCCUGAAAGGACGUUUUCACCAUCACUUAGUAAUAGACCUCUGUAGGCCAUUUGCAAAAUAACGUCAUUUCAUUAAAACAACCAAAAUGCUUCAGUGUCUUGCUUUCUCGUGCGAACUAGAGCUUUCGUUGUUUUAAUCCUUGUUGCCAGAUUUAAUGCGGAAGAAAAAGAGAAAUGGAUUCUGGUAGUAGGACUAAGACGCCAUCGUACAAAUGGCCUUUUAUUGAUACGGUAAGCUACAAAACGAAUGCAGAGGUUGUUUUAAACGUAACUUUCUAUAAAUAAUUUUUUUUAGGUCCAAUUCCUCAAAAGGCUCCGUUAAACCAAUCCGCAACUUUACCACCUCCAACUGUGGAGAUAUCCACCGCCACAGACCUCCCACCUCGUCCAACAAACGCUCAGGCAGAAAAUAUAACGACAGGCACACCAGCUGUAGUCACAAAUACGUGA